AUGUCCUCGCUUGACACCCCAUCGGCAGGAUCACUGCAAAGGCGGCUCCUGCUCUUCUGGCCAGUGGACAACUCCAAGCGGACGGUGACACAGGUGAAGAAGAACGUGCAUUACAUUCGGUCCUCCUUGGGCGAUGACUGCUGUCACGUGAUGCUUGCUCACUAUAAAGGCAAGCCGGACGACUGGGGUUCCCAGUGGUACAAGGACAACGUGGCUGGAAGCUACGUCGGUCCAGGAUUCAAGUUCAAGUUCAUGCGGGAUGCGUACAUGAAGGCCAUGAAUGUCGAGGAGAGCUGGGAGUCCAAGUACGAGUACGUCUGGGGCCUUGACAGUGACCUGGAUCUCACAGGAACGAACCUGACCAAGCUCUUAGAGAUGGCGCGGCUGUCCAACGCCCUCAUCGUCGGCCCAACAUUCGUGGGCAAAGGAGUGAAUUGGGUGAAGCCAUCGGGAGUCCGCAAGAAGGGCAGUGGGAAGGCAGCCAAGCACUCCCCAAAAGCGCACAAGAAGCACAGCCACCCUGCAGCGAAAGCGGAGAAGGACAAGGUCACCUCGCAACACGUGGGCGUGGAGCCGCGGGCCCAGUGCAAGCUCCGAGCUCCUAGGCCUCACAAGGCCUCGUCCUUGCAGGAGCAAGCCCACCAGGAUUACCGGCACACCGACUUUGUAGAACUGACAGCGCCGCUGCUCAGUCCAGCGGCACUUCCAAUUGUGUUUAAUCAGUGCACCUCGGUGGCAGUCUUGCGGUUGGAGACAGGAGGACUGGGGCCUGGCCCGGGCCUCGUUCGAGUUAUCGGAGAGUGGGAUGCGUUCUCUGAUGUUUCUCCUCCCAUAAAAGGCUGUGCCUUGAUAGACGCCGCUCCCGUGAAUCACUUGAACUGGCGGCAGGCAGCGAAUAAGGAUGUUUGGCACAAGUACCGCAGCUUGGCUUUGUUCAACUUGACUGAAGGUGUCUCAAGCGUGAGUCUGCUGCAAGACAGCCUGCAAGAGCGGAAAUGCACCGAGGGCCUUGGUAGGUUCCCUUCCAGAAAGUACUGGAGUGCACUGAAAACCCUGAGCUGCAUCGUCGUGGAGCCGGCGGUCAAGGUGGAAAAAGUGGAGGUUGA